GAGGGGGCCAGGCCCCCUCUUGCCCCUGCCUAGACCCGGCCCUGGACAAAACAUUACAGAAACCCAGGAACACUAUAAGAUAAGAUGCCGUUUAUUUAAUUGUGUCUAAAGUUAGUCCACAUGCUUCCUGUUCUCCGGGUCAAUCGCAGCCGACGAAAACUAACUACACCCCCCACAAUGCUUUGGGGCGUCCAGGUCUGACUAAUCGAGAGCGGAUCCAUCGCCCGGAGUCGCCUCGCUGAUCCCGGAGCAGCGAGUCGGGCCGUGUGUGUGUCACCGCGCCGCCGAACCGGUACCAUGGGAGGAUGACGUGGCCGUUUCCCCGAGUAAAUUGUCCCCUGAAGACGUUUGUGUCCUCGGUGAAGCUCGCUUCGACCUCGGCGGCAGUUCGGGUUCGUUCCGACGGGACGAGAGGGCUCAUCGGUCCGCCGCUGCUCCGUGUCCCGGGGGGGAGGGGGCUGGGAACCGGGGCAGAGCUCCGGAGGAAGGCCCGCAGAGGAGAAGGGACGUACCGGGCUGGUGGGGGGCACCGCGGGGCGCCGCCUGAUGCCAGCGAUGGCAAACGAGCCGAUCAUCCUUAACGUGUAUGAUAUGUACUGGAUCAAUGAGUUCACCAGCACUCUGGGGAUCGGAGUCUUUCACUCGGGGAUCGAGAUCUACGGGAGAGAGUUUGCGUACGGCGGGCACUCGUUCCCGUUCUCAGGGAUCUUUGAGAUCACGCCCGGCGACGCCACCGCACUCGGUGACACCUUCAGGUUCAAAGAAGCCAUCGUUUUGGGCAGCACAGACUUCACGGAGGAGGACGUGGAGCACAUCGUGGACGAGAUGGGGAAGGAGUACAAAGGCAACGCCUACCACCUCAUGCACAAGAACUGCAACCACUUCUCCUCGGUGCUGUCAGAGGUGCUGUGUGGCAGGGAGAUCCCCCGCUGGGUCAACCGUCUGGCCUACUUCAGCUCCUGCGUGCCCUUCCUCCAGAGCUGCCUGCCCAAAGAGUGGCUGACGCCGGCCGCCUUGCAGUCCAGCGUGAGCCAGGAGCUCCGUGGGGGGGAGCUGGAGGAGGCCGAGGACGCCGCUGCCUCCGUCUCCCCGUCCUCCCCCUCCAGCCCCUCCUCUGCGCCCCGACACUCCCGCCUCCUGCCCCGCCGGUAG